AUGCGUCAGUUUGGUGGCAUCCACAUCUAUGGUGAAGACAUGCCAGAGCACCGCAGAGCAAAUACGAAAUCUGACGAUAUUAUACUAGAUCGAGACGACGACUCCGAGAAUCUGCUACGACGACGUGAGCUAAUACUACGACGAUACGACGACGACGUCUCGAGUUGCGACUCGAGAGCGGCUGACUUCGACCAGAUCCAAAGUAAUAAACGCAGUGAACAGAAGCGGACUUAUGCCAUGCGGUUGGAGCUGACAGAACAUGGUAUAGUAUGGCGUAGGCCAGAGUAUGUGCCGUCCUGGAAGCCUGAGAAGUCUGGCGAUCUAGAUCUUCACACAGAUCCUGACGAGGGACACGCCCGUCUCCAGGUAUUGCCCAGUAAGUGGGCAAUGGACGAGGUUGAUGACAUAACAAAGAAACUCUUGUCACUUUUGGUUGCCAUGUUGACAGUGAAAAUUCGUAACUUGCAGCGAGCAACAUUCCAGUGGAAAAAGAAUACUCAGGAGAGGGUUCGCCUGCUUGAACUGAUAGAUCGUAGAAAGAAACUCCUCAAAAAUCUCAGAAGAAUGGACUACAGGUGCUUUGAGUGGCUCCUUGAAGAACUGAAUAUAUUAUAUCGUCCCUUCCCAAGGAGCUACAAAUGGAUAACACGUAAGGAUUCGUUGAAGAGACUCGUGAAGAUGCAUGGAGAAGACUUGAGGAAGAACCGCCUUGAAGCAUAUCAGGCAGCUCUUGAGCUUCAGAAGGAGCCCUUCUUAAAAGAGAAGGCUGAAACACUGCAGUGGAUUGCUGAGACUGAGACUAGUCUUGGUCUUCCUGUCAGUGUUACUCUUCCUCAAGAUCCCACACCAACUGUAGAUUCUACCUUGGACUCUGAAUAACAAAAUAUUUGUCAAUUGAGUUUUAUGUAUUCUGUGGUAGACAUGAUUUUGUGUAAAUUCUUUAGAUCUCAAAUUCAUUCUUCGAAUGAUAUUUAACCAUUAUGCAAAAUAAUCGUGGGGGGAGUAGAAUGAUAGCUCUAGGGUUAGUGUUGCAGUCAACACAUCAGGAGCUUGCAGAGUUGCAGAAAAAAUAGGAUAUUCAAGCCAACACGAUCCCAGAGGAUGUAUUCAUUGGAGAGAGGGAAGGAGAGAGAGUCUUAUGUAAUUUUUGAUAAUUGCCACGUUACUUUCGUUUAGGCUACUAUUAAAAUAUCAGCGCUUGUGGGAUUUUUCUAGUGCAAUAAUAUUCAACCUUUCUGGUAUGCCUAGGGGCAUUUCCCGUUCCCUCUCUCUCUCUCUCCAUUGAAUACAUCCUCUGGGAUCAUGUUGGCUUGGACAUCCUCCUUUUUUCUCUAACUUUGCAAGCUCCUGAUUUGUUGAUUGCAACAUGAAAGGCCUAGGGUUAUCAUUCUACUCCCCCUGUGGUUGUUUUUCAGCUUGUAUCACUUGGUUUGCGAUAUUUGCAUAAUUAACCAUCAUGUACAGUAUAUAUUUGAAACCAGUCCUGGCAGUCAUAAAGAUGUUUCAGUAAUACUGAAACUGCAGUCCUCUGAUAGCAAUAAAAACAAAAUUAU